GGAACGUGAUUCUUUGACAUAAUGAUCGUUUGAUUGCCGUUUCCCUCACUAGUGGUCUAAAUUAACAUAAAAGUGCUGAGGCCGCAAAGAAUUCCUACAAUGCAUGAAUCGCAUGUGGGCUCCCUGUGCUUUCCCAAGAAUCUUUUCUUCAGAAGUUGAAGACUGGACUCUAGUCAAUUUCGUGCCAAAAUACAAAUGGCGCGUGGUUUGCUCCAAAGUUGCUUCUGAAGUAUAUCAUCUGUUUUUCUAUGAUUUAAUGAAUCUCAACGAACUUUCUACAGAAAUAGUAAACUUCAGAGCAAAAGGAUCUAACUUGUAGUCUUUUGCAGGGUAAAAAUGCUCGAUAUUUUCUUAAUUUCGUGACUAGAGGAGGUGUGAAGAUAGCAUCUUUGAGUUCGGGAAUCGCGCUACUAGAAUUACUACUGUGGCAGUUUUGUAGAUAUUUGAGUGUGGAUCGCGAAUAUCUGAUAUACAAUGGAUAAAUAGGUCUUUUAUUGAGGCAAAGAUUGCUUGCAAUGCGUCAGAAAAUGAAAGAUAAGCGACGACCGUGUGKUUUUUGAAGGACUACAAAAAUGUCACCUUCCGAGGAUAGCGACGAUGAAGUCUCAGUUCCAGUGUCUAGAACGCGUAAAUCGAAGAUCAGAAGUUUGAAUUCAGAAGAUGAAGACAAUGYCCCAACAUUAAGGACAUCGAGAAAGUCUUCUGCCAAGAAAGUCAGGAUUGAUAGUGACGAAAGCACCAAUAAAACUCCUAAGAAGAAUCUGAAAACUCCAUCUACAAGAAGCUCUGACAGACUAAGAAAAAAGAAAGAAUUUAAACUGCCGAGUAGAGAUGAGGUUUUAGAGAAUGUUUCACCAGGCAUUGCCAAAUCUUCGACUAAGAAGAUGAGAGAACUUAAACCAAGGAGACUGGUCAAUAACUUCAUAAGAGAACGAAAUUCCUAYGCCUCAGAAAAAGUUGGAGACAUUUACCUAACUGAUGACAGUUUCUCAGAUUUUAUUGAUGAUGGUGAUGAAGAUGAAGUUGAUGAGCAGAGCAAUUCAGAUGAUUCUCAUUCAUCAGGCAACAAAGCAACUAAGACAAGAAAGAGAAAGAAGCAACCAUCAUCAUCAUCAUCAUCAUCAGGAUCAAAUAAUGAAAGGCAUUCUUCUAGGAAAAAAAAGACUUUAAAAUCAAAGAAGAAAAGAACAAAUAAAGUGAAAAAGAAAAGAAAAGCUAUCACAUCUAGUUCUGAGAAUGAAACAAACAAUGAAAAYGAUAGYGACGAACCAUUAUCAGCRUAUUUAGAUAGAAAACGAAAUAGAGAGAAGCAAGUUGMAUCAAAUGUUAGAAAAAGAAGAACAUCAACAAGACGAAAAAUAUUUGAUUCAUCAGAAAGYAGYAUUGAUGAAGACAAACUGGAUGAAACCRAUUCCCCUGAGAAWCCAUCCAACGCUCAACCAGUUCGCCGAUCAUCUCGACGUAUGAAGCUUAUAGAAAAAGAGCAAAUAAGAAACCAGAAGUAUGAAGUGAUCAAAAAAGGAAGAAAAAAAUCAAAUKCCAACCAAAGUAAUGAUGCCAGUAACAAAGAAAAAAUUAAAUGUGAUGAUGAUAAAAAAGAAGUUUUGCAAAAUCUGAUAGAUCAUUUCAGCAGUGAUGAGAGUGACAAGAACUUUGUUGUAUCUGAUGCAGAGAUUUCAGAGGAAGAACCAGAAUCCGACUUUGAAUACASCUUCUUGAAACUAAAAGACAGUCAAAGUCCUGAUCCUCAAAGCACUGAAGGAGCUUUUGAUUCAUCACCAAGCAAAACCUCAAUAAGAAUGCGAAGAAAACAAAGAGACCAAACUUCAAAAUGGAGACGAAUCAACACCAAGGUAGAGUCAGAUGAAAUAGAAGACUCAGAGUCUAAUGGCAAUGAAGAUUAUGACCAUGGCAACCAAUUGCACCAUGCUGUCAAGGACAAUAACCUUGAUUUGAUUAAGCAGAUUCUUCAAAAGGAACCUGGUUCAGUUCAUGAGUUAGGGUACAGAAAGCGCUCACCUUUACACAUAGCAGCUCUCAGUGGCAAUGCAGAGGUUGUACAACUAUUGCUUAAAAGCAAAGCAAACUGCAAGCUUCUUGACAAGUAUGGUUUUCCUCCAAUUGCAUAUGCUGCCAAUGGUCACAGCGAAGCUUUGAAAGUGUUUCUAAAGAAUACGGACAUAAAGAAAGUACAGAAAUUGCUUAUUCAGACAGACAGCAAGAUGAGUUUGCUUCACUUGGCCAUUGGAGAAUCGCGAACAGGAGAAGAGUGUCAUGAAAGAGCACAAUGCAUGGAACUUCUGUUUGCACAUGACAAAGAGACAUGUCUUGAUAUGUUGUACCACAAGGAUGCCAGAGGAAGGGUACCACUAGAGGCAGCUUUUUAUGCAUCUCAACAUAAGUGUGUCCGUGUACUCUUGGAGAAUGGUGCCAAUCCACUGUCCUUUAGAACUGGGGAAGAUGGAAACCUACUUCAUUUUGCAGUUGAGUCGGCUGAUCACUUUAAAAGGUUGUCAAUAGAAGGAACAGACUCGUCUUUAUGCCUAAGAGAAAUCAUUGAACAUAUGAAGCCACACCUGAAUGAUAAAGAUUUAAAUGAUUUCACUCCCUUGAUGUAUGCUUGUGAGAGUGGCAAUGACGACUGUUUGUCUGUGCUUAUUGAUGCAGGUGCAACAGUCUUGACAAAAGAUAAAUAUGAAACAUCUCCACUUCAUCUAGCAGCUCUAGCAGGCAGUACUGAAUGUGUUCAACUGCUUCUUAGCAAUGGCCAUCCUGUUGACUGCGUUGACAAGUCUGGCUGGCCGCCUUUGUUAUAUGCAGAUUUCAACGCAAAAGAGGAAUGUGUUCUUGCUCUGAUGAAACCCAAACCUAGACAAUUGUUUAUCUUGGGGAAAUUAUUAAAAAGACAAAGGACUGAAGAGGACAAAAAGAAGACUUUCAAGGUUGUCAAGGACCUGUUGAUGUCGCUUGCUAAUCACGAUGCAUACUACACUGUGUUCAAUGACUUCAUUCGUGUCAACCCAGAACUUCUUGAUGAAUACAACCAUGGUCUUCUUCAGCACACAUGGAGAGCCAUCUUGGACUUCAACAACAAGCAUGCAUGGUUUAAACGGAAAUUGUAUGCAUUGCCGGGAACUUCUUGCUGGAACUCAUCUUGUAGCCUGGUUGUUAAAAGAAGUGAUGUCCUUGGUAGUACCAUGCAGCAAAUCGGUCAAGUUCCUGGAAAUAAGUUGAGAUCAGAUAGCUUCCAUGUUACAUUUGAGAAUGAACCAGGUAUCUGCACUGGUCCCAAAAGAGAAUUCUUUAUCUGCUUUUGUAAAGAUGCUGUUAGUUCAAGUCGUGGUUUAUUUGCCGAAACAGAUGAUUGUCAGUACAGUCCCAUUCCAAAUACAUAUUUUUCAAAAUUCAUCCCUGAUGCUUCCCAAGUCAAAUCAUCUCCUUGUAAAGAGAUACAACAAGAGAGGAAAGAGGAGCAAAACAAUGAAGACAUCUCCAUUGAAGACUGUACAGAUUCUGAGCUACUUGCUAUUGAUAUUGAAGCAACAACUGAAUUGGCUGCCGCAAAUAAUAUUAAUUCUACUGAUGGUGUGACCAGCAAUGCCACAGCUGGUGUGAAUGAUAGUCAGGUUAAUCUUGAUGGUACUACUGGUGAUAUUGCUACUGAUAAUGAGCUAUUACCUGGUAAUGGUGUGAUCGGUGAUGAUGCCACUGGUGAUGUUACUGGUGAUAGUAAUGACAUUACAGAUAGUGGUAUAACUGCUGAUGGCAUGACUGCUGAUGGCGUGAACAGUGAUUGCGUGACUGCUGAUGGGAUAACUAUAGAUGAUGUUACUGAUGUUCGCGUUACUGUUGAUGACAUUUCUGAUAGUGGAAUAACAACCGAAGGCAUAGUUAUUGAUGGCGUGACUAGUAGUGACAUGACUGCUGAUGGCGUGACUAGUAGUGACAUGACUGCUAAUGGCGUAACUAGUAGUGACAUGACUGCUAAUGGUGUGACUAGAAGUAACAUGACUGCUGAUGGCGUGACUAGUAAUGACAUGACUGCUGAUGGCGUGACUAGUAGUGACAUGACUGCUGAUGGCGUGACUAGUAGUGACAUGACUGUUGAUGCCAUGACUAGUAGUGACAUGACUGCUGAUGGCGUGACUAGUGAUGACAUAGCUGCUGGUGAAGCAAGUCUUAGUGAUAUGUCUAGUCAAGAAACUUCUUCAGGACAGCAAACCUCAAGCUCUGGUAGCACACCAUACAGUGAAGAAUCAAUAUCUGAAAACAGCAACCAGAAUAGCCAAGAGACAAAUCAAGAUACAUGGAUUUCAGUCGGAAAGCAAAAUGUGGUAAUACCAAGUAUUUCCCUUCGAUCCAAGAUGAAACAACUCCGUUUGAUUGGCCGCCUUGUUGGAUCAGCUAUAUGUCAAGGAAUGCAUCUGAACUUUCAUCUCUCAAAGCCAUUCAUUAAACAGAUUCUUGGGAUCCCUUUGUCACACCCUGAUGACCUGGCCUCAUUUGAUCACCAACUGCAUAAGAACAUGGUGGUCUGGGUCCAAGAGAACAGUGUCGAUGACCUUGACCUUCCAUUCAGCAUAGAAACGAUGAAUCCCUGGACAGGCAAACUUGUGACUGUUAACCUGACUGAUGAUGAACAGAAGACUUUGGAUGAUUCAAAUAAGGACGGGUAUGUCAAGUUAGUUUCACAAUUCAAGUUAGAAACAUUCAUAAGGAAAGAACUUGAGGAGUUUAAAUUGGGAGUGAAUGAGGUAAUCCCAAGUGAUUUGUUGAAAUUCUUCACUGCUGAUGAGUUUUCUCUUCUAAUGAAUGGCGUCACAAAGAUAGAUGUAGAAGAUUGGCGCAAGAAUACAAACCAUGACGGUUUUGAGCAAUUCCCGUAUAUCAUCGAAUGGUUUUGGAAUAUCGUGUCUAAGCUCAAGGAAGACGAGAAAGCUUUGCUUUUGCAGUUUUCAACUGGUUCGCCUUGUGUUCCUUUGGGUGGUUUUGCUAAUUUAAAGGGGUUAUCAAGCGGUUUCAAAAUUAGUAAACACUUAGGAAUGAACAAGAUUCCUCAUGCUGCGACCUGUUUCAACCUACUGCAGUUAUCAGACUAUGACAGCGAGAAAGAAUUACGGGAAAAGUUACUCAUCGCCAUUAGACAUGGCUCUGAAGGAUUUUCAUUCUCAUAAACAAGACUGUCUGUUAGAGAAUGAUUGUGGUUUGAGGGUACUCAGCAGAUAAGCAGGAUAAACUUGCUGAACACUGCCGGAAACUCGCACAUUUCGACUUUUGAACGAGCUGCUAACGAACAAUCUACGAAGUUCGUCCGAACACUAUCGUAACCUGGUUUUCUUUCCGAUUCGUAUCGAACUGUCAACGAACUGCGCCCGAACACUGCCGAAUAUUUUACGAAAUAUUCUUUGUCCUGACAGCGAGUUUUCAGCCGAGUUAAAAUCGAAAUUUAUAAUGAAUGAAGACAAAAUAUCGCUUUUUCGUUGAUGGGGCUGAGUUCUCCUGACUGAGAAUGUAAAAAUUAUCAUUUUUCUUUUUAGUAUUUUUUUUAUUGAUUAUUGUUGUAUUGAUUGUCAAUCAAAAUGGGUUAUCAUUUCACAUCAAGAUAAAUUGAGCUUGUUAGUCAACUAGAUAUUUUUAAAAUUAGCAUGAUUUUUAAAUGGUUAAAGUUAUUUUUCAAAGUUAAAAUGAACAAGUAAAUCAAAUAUUAGAAUUAUUCUUGACCUGACAUCGUCUAACUGAAAUGUUUGUAUAAAAAAUGACACAUUGUUAUUGAAAUAAUGAAUUUAUACUAGUAACCAGACUGACUUCUCUGUAUUUUUAUACUUAUAGGUUCACGGUUAUAGUUAGAUAAAUUUGAAAAUAGAUUUAUUGAAAUAUUUCGUAAUAUAUAUUAAAGAUUUUGAUUUUGA